AUGGAGAAACAAAUUGAUUAUUCAUCAAAUGGUAUUAAUCCAUUUCUAACGAAUGGGUUGCAUCUUAUCAACCAUUUCAAUGUUUUCACUGCAAAUCAUAAUACUACUGAUGAUCCAACUAAUUUUAACAAAAGUAACAAUUUCUUCACUAAUUUAAGUUGGUUAAGUUGUAAUACUCCAAAUGAAUCAUGGGGACCAUUAUCAUAUGAAUUUAAAGAUUUUACACCAUGUUUUUUACAAGGUAUAUUAUUUGGUAUAACAUCACUAUUAAUGAUUUUUAUUGGAAGUUAUCAAAUAAAAUAUUUGAGAGAUAAAAAAAUCACCGUGGCUAAUAGAAUUAAUUGGACAUUUUAUAUAAAACUUUUAUUAGUUUUUAUACAAUUAAUAUUUCAAAUUUUAAUAGUUAUUACUUUCCCUUAUAAGAAUGGUGGAAUUAUACAAACUUCAAAUUAUUUAAAUAUUAUGUCUACCGUCAUAGCAUUUGGUAUUCAUUAUUUAGAACAAUUUAAAUCAAAUAUAUCAAAUGGUGUAUUAUUAUUUUAUUGGUUAUUUCAAAUAAUUUUAAAUUUAGGUAGAAUAUUAAAUUUACAAUUAAGAAAUAAAUUAAAUACUGUAUUUUCAAAUAUAGUUAUUUUGAUAACUGUUAAUUCAUUUUUAAUAUUAAUUAUGGAAGUUUAUUUUCCAAUGAAACCUUUAAAUUAUUUUCAAAGAUUAAAAACUAUAAGUCCUUAUGAUAGAGCAAAUGUUUUUUCAAGAAUUACAUUUGAUUGGAUUGGUGGAUUAAUGAAAAAGGGUUAUUCAACUUUUUUAACUGAAAAAGAUUUACCACCUUUACCAAAAGAUUUAAAAGCUAAAAAUACAACAAAUGAAUUUAAUCAUUAUUGGAAUAGACAACCUUCAACUAAAAAAUCAUUAUUUUGGGCUAUAUCACAAGCAUUUGGUGGUGAAUUUUUAUUAGGUGGUGUUUUUAAAGCUGCUCAAGAUUCUUUAGCUUUUAUUCAACCUCAAUUAUUAAGAUUAUUAAUUAAAUUUGUAAAUGAUUAUUCAAAAUCUGUUAAACAAGGUAAACCCUUACCAUUAACUAGAGGUUUAAUGAUUGCUGUUUCAAUGUUUUUAGUUUCAAUUAUUCAAACUGCUUGUUUACAUCAAUAUUUCCAAAGAGCGUUUGAUUUAGGUAUGAAAAUAAAAAGUUCAUUAACUGCUACUGUAUAUAAUAAAUCAUUAGUUUUAUCAAAUGAAUCAAAACAAGAAAGUUCAACUGGUGAUAUUGUAAAUUUAAUGUCUGUUGAUGUACAAAGAUUACAAGAUUUAGUUCAAAAUUUACAAGUUAUAUGGUCAGGUCCUUUUCAAAUUAUUAUAUGUCUUUAUUCAUUACAUGAUUUAAUUGGAAAUUCAAUGUGGGCAGGAGUUGCAAUAAUGUUAAUUAUGAUUCCAUUGAAUGCCAUUAUAGCAAGAACUCAAAAAAAAUUACAAAAGACACAAAUGAAAUAUAAAGAUAAAAGAUCAAGAUUAAUUAAUGAAAUCUUAAAUAAUAUUAAAUCUUUAAAACUUUAUGGAUGGGAACAACCUUAUUUACAAAGAUUAAAUUAUGUUAGAAAUGAUUUAGAAUUAAAUAAUUUAAAAAAAAUGGGAAUAUUUAUGGCUGUAUCAAAUUUUACUUGGAAUUUAGCUCCAUUUUUAGUAAGUUGUUCAACAUUUGGAGUAUUUGUUUUAACUCAAAAAAGAAGUUUAUCAACAGAUUUAGUAUUUCCUGCUUUAUCAUUAUUUAAUCUAUUAAGUUUUCCAUUAGCUGUUGUUCCAAUGGUUAUUACAAAUAUUGUUGAAGCUCAAGUUGCUGUAAAUAGAUUAACUAAAUAUUUAACAAGUUCAGAAUUACAAAAUAAUGCAGUUUUGAAACAAAAACCAGUUGAUCAAAUUGGUGAUGUUGCAGUAUCAAUAAAAAAUGGUACAUUUUUAUGGUCAAAAUCUAAAAAGGAACAAAAUUAUAAAGUUGCUUUAUCAAAUAUUAACCUAUCAGCAAAAAAGGGUAAAUUAGAUUGUAUAGUUGGUAAAGUUGGAUCAGGAAAAUCUUCUAUAAUUCAAGCAAUAUUAGGUGAUUUAUAUAAAUUAGAUGGUGAAGUUAUAUUACAUGGUAAAGUUGCAUAUGUUGCACAAAUUCCUUGGAUAAUGAAUGGAUCAGUUAGAGAAAAUAUUUUAUUUGGUCAUAAAUAUGAUCCAGAAUUUUAUAAUCAUGUUUUAAAAGCUUGUGCAUUAACUGUUGAUUUAGCUAUAUUAACUAAGGGAGAUCAAACUGAAGUUGGUGAAAAAGGUAUAUCAUUAAGUGGUGGUCAAAAAGCUCGUUUAUCUUUAGCAAGAGCUGUAUAUGCAAGAGCAGAUGUUUAUUUAUUAGAUGAUCCUCUUAGUGCAGUUGAUGAACAUGUUGGAAAACAUUUAGUUGAUCAUGUUUUAGGUCCCAAUGGUAUAUUAAAAAGUAAAUGUAAAAUUUUAGCAACAAAUAAUAUUAAAGUUUUAAGUAUUGCAGAUAAUUUAAGUAUGGUAAGUGAUGGUAGAUUAAUUGAACAAGGAACAUAUGAUGAAAUAAUGAAAUUAGAAAAUUCAAAAUUAAAAUUAUUAAUUGAAGAAUUUGGUAAAAAAAGAGAAGAAUCUCCAAAACCAAUAACUAAUGGAAAUAGUGAGGAGGCUAAAGAUAAAGAUGAUUAUGAAGUUAAAGAUGAUAUAAAUUUACAAGAUUUAGACUCAGAUUGUGAUUUAGAAAUUACAAGUUUAAGAAGAGCAAGUGAAGUAUCAUUAAUACCAGAUGAUGAAAGAGAUCCUGAAUUAUAUGAUGAAGAACAAUUAGAAUUAGAAGAAGGAGAAGUUGAAAGUGAUGAUAAAAUUGCAAGAAAAGAACAUAUUGAACAAGGUAAAGUUAAAUGGGAAGUUUAUAAAGAAUAUGCAAAAGCUUGUGGAUCAUUUCAUGUAUUUAUUUUCUUGAGUUGUGCAAUAUUAUCAUAUUUAGUUAAUGUUAGUUCUACUUUUUGGUUAGAACAUUGGUCAGAAAUAAAUACAAAAUAUGGUUAUAAUCCAAAUGUUUUAAAAUAUUUAGGUAUAUAUUUUUUACUAGGAAUUGGUUAUUCAUUAAGUUCAUUAAUUCAAAAUAUAACAUUAUGGAUAUUAUGUACAAUACAAGGUUCAAAAAAAUUACAUAAUUCAAUGGCUGUAUCAGUUAUAAGAGCUCCAAUGUCAUUUUUUGAAACUACACCAAUUGGAAGAAUUUUAAAUAGAUUUUCAAAUGAUAUUUAUAAAAUUGAUGAAGUUAUUGGAAGAGUAUUUAAUAUGUUUUUCAGUAAUUUAAUUAAAGUUACUUUAACAAUAGUUGUUAUUUGUUUUUCAACUUGGCAAUUUAUAUUUUUAAUUUUACCUUUAGGAUUUUUAUAUAUUUAUUAUCAACAAUAUUAUCUUAGAACAUCAAGAGAAUUAAGAAGAUUAGAUUCAGUUUCAAGAUCACCCAUAUUUGCCAAUUUUCAAGAAUCAUUAGUUGGUAUAUCAACAAUUCGUGCGUAUGGUAAAGAAGAUAGAUUUAAAUUUUUAAAUCAAUCAAGAGUUGAUGAAAAUAUGAAAGCUUAUCAUCCUGCAAUAAAUGCAAAUAGAUGGUUAGCUGUUAGAUUAGAAUUUUUAGGUUCGAUUAUAAUCUUGGGAUCUGCAGGUUUAUCAAUUUUAACUUUAUCCAAUGGUCAUUUAACUGCUGGUUUAGUUGGUUUAUCAGUUUCUUAUGCUUUACAAAUUACUCAAUCAUUAAAUUGGAUAGUUAGAAUGACUGUUGAAGUAGAAACAAAUAUAGUUGCAGUUGAAAGAUGUUUAGAAUAUUCAAAUUUAAAAAGUGAAGCUCCUGAAAUUAUUCCAAAUCAUAGACCUCCUACAUCAUGGCCACAACAAGGUGAAAUUAAAUUUCAAAAUUAUUCAACUAAAUAUAGACCUGAAUUAGAUUUAGUUUUAAAAGAUAUAAAUAUUGAUAUAAAGCCAAAACAAAAAAUCGGUAUUGUUGGUAGAACAGGAGCAGGAAAAUCAUCAAUAACAUUGGCUCUUUUUAGAAUUAUUGAAGCAUUUGAUGGUGAUAUUAUAAUAGAUAAAAUUCAAACAAAUACAAUUGGAUUAUAUGAUUUAAGAAGCCGAUUAUCUAUUAUACCACAAGAUUCUCAAGUAUUUGAAGGUACAAUCAGAUCAAAUUUAGAUCCAACUGAUGAAUAUACAGAUGAACAAAUUUGGAAAGCUUUGAGUUUAUCUCAUUUAAAAGAUCAUGUUGAAAAAAUGUUUAAUGAAAGAGAAACUGAAGAUGAUAAUCGAGGACAAGGUCAACAACAACAGACAGUUGAAGAAAAAGAUGAAAUAAAUUCACCAUUAGAUGUUAAAAUUACAGAAGGUGGUUCAAAUUUAUCUGUGGGACAAAGACAAUUAAUGUGUUUAGCUAGAGUUUUAUUAAAAAUGAAUGAUUCAACCAUAUUAGUAUUAGAUGAAGCAACAUCAAGUAUUGAUCAAUCAACAGAUAGAAUUAUUCAACAAACAAUAAGAACAGAAUUUAAAAAUAAAACUAUUAUAACUAUUGCUCAUAGAAUUGAUACAAUUUUAGAUAGUGAUAAAAUCUUAGUAUUAGAUAAAGGAAAAGUAGCAGAAUUUGAUACUCCUGAAAAUUUAUUAAAAAAUAAAAAUUCAUUAUUUUAUGCUUUAUGUAAAGAAGGUGGAUUUGUUAAUGAUGAUGAUUGA